AUGUCCAAAGCUGCCAAGCCUCAGCUAGUGGCACAGCUUCAGGGUCAGCAUACCGGACCCAUCAAUGACGCCAUCUAUGUGCCUGACCACCAUGCCGCCAUCUCUGUGAGCGAUGAUAAAAACGUCUUGAUUUGGCUGCGCCGCGAUGACGGGACCUACUGGCCGUCAGUGUGCCACCCCAUGCCCUUUGCACCGACAGCGCUGUGCUAUCAUCACGAAAGCCGACGUCUUUUUGUGGGCAUGGACCAGGGCUCCAUCUCGGAGUAUGUGGUGAGCGAGGAUUUCAAUUCCAUGACCACCACACGUACCAUGCCCGCUCACUCGGGCCGCGUGCGCUGCAUUAUCUACGACCAUGAGCGCCAACUCGUGCUGAGCGGAGCCCAUGACAAAUGCAUCACCCUUUCCAGUGCUGCUGAUGGCAAGCGUCUCAGCGCCCACUCGCGUCCUGCUUGGGUCACCAGCCUGCAGUAUGACGAAGACACGCAGAACGUAUUCGUGGGCGAUUAUCGCGGCCUCAUUGGCGUCUUGAAGAUUGUCAACAACAAACUGCAGUUCAUCAGCAACUUGGAAGGUCACGAUGGUGAUGUACGCUCCUUGCUGUGGGUCCCCGAACGCGGCUACCUUUUUUCAGGGUCAUUCGACAAGACGGUCAUUUGCUGGGAUGUUGGAGGCAACAAAGGCAUUUCCUAUGAAUUGACUGGCCACAGGAACAAAGUCCGCGGGUUGGCAUAUGUGCUCGCCGAAGAUAUCCUCAUGUCCACGGGUGAUGAUGGCAUGCUGGCUCUCUGGAACAUGAAGGCGGAGCGUACACCAACCCCGACAUGGCAGGAUGGUGAUCUCUGCGCGCUCUGCUCGGAGCCCUUUUUUUGGAACUUCAAGGCCAUGUGGCACAAAAAGUCCAUCAGCUUCAAGCGCCAGCACCACUGCCGCCGUUGCGGCAAGGCCGUGUGUGACAAGUGCAGCCCUUCACGCCAAGCGUACCCAGUAAUGGGCUUUGAGUUUGCUGUUCGCUUCUGCUCAACAUGUGCCACCGAAGUCAAGGAUGAGCCGUACGUCUGUGUCGUUUGGAAUGGUGGAAAUCAUGGUGUUACCCGAACUCCUAGCAUUGGCCCCAGUGUGCUCAAACUCUGGCUCGUGUGUGCCGAAUGCCGCGUGGUGCCCUUCACGCUUGUAUAG